AUGGUGGAGGCAUCGCCGGAGUCCGGCGCCGCGGCGGCCGGAGGUGCGUCUGGUAUGGCGCCGCCGCGGAAGGGGAAGUCGUGCAAGGGCUGUCUCUACUAUUCGUCAGUGCUCAAGUCCCGCGGUUACAACCCAAUCUGCGUUGGGAUCCCCCGCUCCAUCCCCCAAGUUCCUAACUUCGUGGUGGAUGAGCCUAAGGAGGAGGCGACGGCGCAGGGGCAUGAUCUCAGGCGGUUCAGGUACGGGUGCGCGGGUUACUCCAUGUUCGUGGACAACAGGGACGGCCAGGGUGGUGAGAGCGAGGGCAAGACGUUGCUGCCGUAUUGCAGGGGCCUCGAGUUAUUGGUGGACAGCAGAUUGGUCGAGCAAAAACCAUCGACAGCUGAACAAGCUCCAGUGCAUGUUGCAAAGGAUGCAGCAGCUACCACCCGCUCUCACCAACAAGGACAACAGAGACCUGCAAACUUGUCGAGGCAGGAAUUCUUGGAAAGGAAAGUUACUGUUCAUAUCUCUUCUUGGUUUAAGAGGAGUGCUGGACUGGUCGCUUCAGGUGUUGCAAAGAAUCUAAACAAAACAGCCCAUUAUAUCAAGGAAAAUAUUCAGGACAUAUUGUACCCUGAUCGUCGCCCACCAAAGUAG